AGUGCCUUAGUAAUAAUAAUUUUAUUGUUAUACCACAAAAACCAAGCUACCUAAGCGUAGAUUUUCUUCAUAAAUACGGUUUUUAUUUUUAAUCAAGACUAAGUACCUACAUCUUGAUACAGUACAACCAGAAGUUUCAAUACUAUAAUGGCUCGCCAUCCAAAAUGGCGUUGUAACAAAAGUGAUCUAGACGCAGUAAAAAUAAUAGAUAUUGACGAGGAAGGUACUUAUGCCUACUUAGUCUUCAAAGUUUUUUGCCCUAAAGCCCCAAACAGAGAGGACAUUACAAUUAUUAGGGGAUACAAGAGGUUUAAAUAUCACUCCGAGUGUUAUGAGUUCAUUAAAACAAAUUUACUUCCCUUACACUGUGAACCGAUGGGAGGAGGCAAAAUAACUUUUGAUCCAGUGGCCAAGAAAAUUCAUGUUUUCGGAACCUCUGCAGGAUUCAAUCAAGCGUCUCAUAUUAACACAGCUAGAAUGCUUAAAUUAGAAUACCCCACCUACGGAGUCACUGCCGAAAAGACGGGUUGCCUUGUUCCUGACACAAUUCCAAGUGGCUGCGGUGCAGAUAGAGAUUUGGGUAUGCCAUGGCGGGCAACCUUCAAGUAGGUGUGAGCACAUCAUCGCUGAGACGACUGAGAAUAUGAACGAACCCGUACA